AUUAGAGAAUAUUUCUCUAAGAGAUAAAUCAAGCAAGUAGUGUAUAAAUUUUGUAUUAUAUUGUUCUCCAUUCAUAAUAAGUAUUAACAAUGUUUAUUGAUAAAGUUUUGUAUAUUAUGAGACAAAAUGUUGCCAUUAAAGUUGUUAGAGAAUCAAAUAAACUUUUAUUACGUGGCAAUACUAACAAUUUACAAUACUCAGUUCAAAGAAAUUUUAGAAACGUCUCUUACGAGCAGAAAUUGAAGAGAAAUCGUAUUUUAUUACUGUUUCUCGUCCCUUGUUUUGUUACAAGUUUGAUCGGCUGGAAGAGUAUAAAGGGAACCUAUUUCCCUUUAGUUGGCGCAGCGGAGAGGAUCACUGAGAAUGAAUCUGAUGAAGAAAAUAAUGCUAUGGAAGAAGAACAAAACAAAGAAAAGAAAAAGAAGAAGGAAAAGAUUGGUUUCCGAGAUAGAAAGAUUAUAGAAUAUGAAAAUCGAUUGAGGGCAUAUUCAACCCCAGAUAAGAUUUUUCGUUAUUUUGCAACUGUACAAGUAACACAUCUAGACAAUACUGAAGUUUACAUGACGCCUGAUGACUUCUUGAGAUCAAUUACUCCUGGCAUGAGACAACCAGAUGGACUCGGCCUAGACAAGUAUAAACGCUAUGAUCCAAAGAAUAUUCAUACGAAAUUGGAGUUGGCUCUGGACGAGGAUAGCAUCUUUUUUAAACUUGGAAGUGCAGGAUUAAUCACUUUUUCUGAUUACAUAUUUCUGCUUACAGUAUUGUCCACUUCUAGAAGACAUUUUGAAAUUGCCUUCAGAAUGUUUGACUUUAAUGGUGAUGGUGAUGUAGACUCUGAAGAAUUUGGUAAAGUUGCUACUUUAAUUCGACAACAGACUAGUAUUGGUAGUCGUCAUCGUGAUCACGUCACGACUGGUAACAUGUUUAAGGGCGUUAAUUCAGCAUUGACUACAUACUUCUUUGGAUCAAACAUGAAAGGAAAAUUGACAAUCGAGAAGUUUCUCGAGUUUCAACAACAAUUGCAGCAGGAAAUACUUAGCUUAGAGUUUGAACGAAGAAAUCCUGAUGAAAAUGGUAGAAUAAGUGAAGUAGAUUUCACAGAAUUAUUACUUGCUUAUGCUGGCUAUCCUGACAAGAAAAAAGCGAAGAUUAUAAAAACUGUAAAAAAACGCUUCAAAGAGGAAUCUAAAGGAAUCGAUAAAGACGAGUACCUGAAAUUCUUUCACUUUUUAAAUAAUAUUAAUGACGUGGAUACAGCACUGACAUUUUAUCAUAUUGCAGGAGCAUCUAUAGAUCAAGCUACCUUAAAACACGUGGCAAAAACAGUGGCACAUGUUGAUUUGAGUGAUCAUGUUAUACAAGUGGUUUACACAAUUUUUGAUGAGAACAUGGAUGGUCAAUUAAGUAACAAAGAAUUUGUUGCUGUCAUGAAAAAUAGGGUAUUAAGAGGAUUGGAAAAACCGAAAGAUACUGGAUUUGUAAAAUUGAUUGAAUCAAUAGCAAAGUGCUUAAAAAUUACCUACAGCAUGCAUUUCGAAAAUUAAAAUAAAAUUGCAGUUAUAGCUUAAUUUUUUUCUUUAUAAUAAAAACGAAUUUCGAAAUGAAAUUAUCUAACAAUUUAUCUCAUUGAAAUUAUAUGGAUACUGUGUAAUCUAAAAAAGAAAUAAACGUGUGCGAAUAAAAAUA